AGCCCAGACCUCCACGAACAAAGAAUGUCAAAGAGUCAGCAGCAAAACGGCAUGAUGCCAGGCGGUGGAGCGGUGGUGGCUGACACCGACGAUUUUUCGGACGGCGACAGCACGCCGUUGACCCAGGAUUAUGGCGACAGUCAAAGGACAGUCGUGGAAACGAAAGGAUGGGACGUUUUCCGGAACCCACCACCGAAGAUCGAUUCCGGCUCGAUGGCGAACCAGCGAUGCCUCGAGGUGACAGUACAAAUAACGAAGGUGAUCGUGUAUCUGUUAGUUUUCGUGAUAGUACUCGGAAGUGGUGUAGUUGCCAAAGGAACGAUACUAUUUAUGACGUCCCAGCUGAAAGCUAACCGGACGAUCGAUUACUGCAACAAGGAGUUAGACCGGAAUAAGCAGUACGUGAUUACUUUGCCAGAAGAAGAAAGGAUAGCGUGGAUCUGGUGCAUUAUAAUCGCGUUCGCGGUACCGGAGUUUGGCACGUUGAUCCGCAGCAUUCGUAUAUGCAUAUUUAAGUCGUGGAAGAAACCCCCGGCGUCUCAUUUCCUCCUCGUUUUCCUUAUGGAGACCUUCCAUGUGAUCGGCUUAGCACUAAUGUUUCUGGCAGUGUUACCCGAGUUAAACGCAGUCGAAGGCGCGAUGCUGACCAACUGCGUGUGCUUCGUACCCGGGUUGUUAGGGCUACUCUCCCGCAAUAAGAACAAAGACGAAUCGAAGAGAUUCGUACUGGUGCUGAUCGAUAUUGCCGCGCUAGCCGCUCAGGGAACGAGUUUCUUUCUUUGGCCAUUGCUGAACAGUUCCCGGCCAUCGUUAUGGCUCAUACCACCGUCAUUGUUCCUCGUCUCCUGCGGCUGGUGGGAAAAUUAUGUCUCCAUGCAAAGUCCCUUCG